AUGGGGGCGAGUUUUAACGAAAAGGAUGAUGUUAAGAGACGAGAUACAGAAUAUGAAGAAUUUGAAAGCGAACCUACGUUUGUUGAUGAAGAACCAGAAGAGGAAGCGGAAUAUCAAAAUAAGUUUCGAAAGACCAUACCGCCCAGUAGUCCACUCUUGGACCAUAAUAUGGCUUCAGAAUUUGAUUUGUCCACGAAUACCACUACAAAUUAUGAAGUGCCGGAUUCACCAACACAUAUAUUCCCUAGUGAAAAUAACACCAGACACGAUUAUAUAAAUGAAAUACCUGAGAUAAAACGUACCAUAAUAUCACGAAAUCAACCAUCUUUAAGCUCUGAUGCAGAUUUUGGUAUAGACAGAUUUAAUAGGUUUAUAAAUACUUCUAACCAAUGUCCGUCAACCGAUAGAGAUUUUUUACAAGAUUCUGAAGAGUAUUUGCAAAUGCAAAAAAAGAUUCAGAAUAGGGCUAGAGAUAUAGUUAUAGAUGCAUUUGAAAACAUUGAAACCACAAUAAACUUAGAGGGCAUGGGCUUACAAGAUAUCCCUGACGAAAUUAAGGAUUUUGACAAUUUGGUGAUAUUUAAUCCUGAGCCAACAACGCAAAUCUCAUACCAGUUAUACCUAACUAACAACAGCAUAAGAUACUUAACUCCUUCGUUAUUCAAAUUUACUAAAUUGAAUGUCUUGGGAUUACGUCGAAAUAAAUUGAAGACAAUUCCCCCUCUUAUUGGCAACUUACAACAUCUAACAGAUUUGUCAUUAGGCACAAAUAGACUAGAAUAUUUACCUCCACAAAUAUUGGACUUAUAUAACUUGCAAACUUUUAGAGCAGGUCCUAAUCCAUUUAUCCAAAUUCCAGAAGAUUCUAUUCCAAUAACUACUUCUACUCUCAACCCAGUUAAAUUGCUCAAGUAUGUUUCUCGUGUUCGAUAUUUUGGCAAUCUGAAAAAGUUCAUACCUUCGUUGAAAACGCACUGCUUAAACACUAUUGCUAAGUAUGACGUUUCCUACCAAGAGACCAAGAGUUGGAAAAGGUCCACUCCUAAAAUUCAUCAUAGCUUGAUUGCAAAGGCUAUAUCGAAAGGAAAGUACGAAGAACGGUGCAGUGAAUGUGACUUUAUAAUAGUAGAACCGUUUGCAGAAGCCUUUGAAUGGUGGGACAUCCUUCAAAAUAAGGAUGUUCCAAUAAAGAGAGAAUUUUGCAGUGGGAAAUGUGUGAAGCAAUGGGAGUUAAAGGUCCUCAUUAGUACAAAUAAGGAUGAUUGA